UCAGUCGACUUUCAUGUGACUGCUGAUCACACAAUCAAGGCAACCCUCAAUACAGUCCCAGGAAAACCGCUUUUUUGUUCUAAUGAUUACAUCUCUAGAGUUAUUGAGAGGUGAGUUAUUUCCGAAGUACAGUACUUUUUCGCCAUGCAGUUAUUUCAUUAGCUCUGCUAAUUGUUUGCGUGCUUGUCCCGAGGCGAGGGCCUUUAGCCUUUACCCAACGCAGGAAACAGAGGCCUCACCACCGUCAUGAAUGUCUCCUACCCUUUCCGAGCCGUGCUGUAGCUAGGUUCUUUCGAAUAGGGGAAUCUUUUCUUACGUCAUUGUUUAAGUUUUUCCUCAUUAGCAUACGGCUUAACUCAUAGAAGCCGUGGGCGUAUAUAUGAAGUAAAUGCAUACGUUGAAAGAGCUGAUUAAGUUGAGCAAUUUGUGCAAUUUUCCGCUCUUUGAAAGCAAUAUUAAAGGAAAUAUCAGACAUCAAAAACUGCGAAAUUGCUGCGUGGCAAAAAAGUUAAUGAGCCAUAUAUUCUUUAUAAAAUUUCGAGUCUUUAGAAGAGAAUUUCUCCAAAACCAUUGGGUGUAUCGGGCUCAAAUUUUCAGAAAUUAUUAUGCUCUUUCAAUAUUCAGAGUUCUUAUUUUAUUGGCGUCAUCAGUAGUGAUAAGCAUAUGUUAAUGUGGCAAAAAGUGUAAACAAAGAUUCGCCUGUUAUUAGGGAGUGUUAGCAACGACGACGACAACGAGAACGUCAAAAAAGCAAUAGGUUUAGAUUAGCAAAACAACAACUUUGCACGCGCAUCAUGCCUUUUUGUAUAUUUAUUUGCCGUCACUGCACGACUACGACGUGAAAAUGCCUAAACAGGCUACGACGAAGUUUACUCUCUCUUUCUAAACAUGAAUGCAGUCCACUAGAAAUCAACUCCAGGGUAAUUCGCUGACAUUUGACGUUUUCAGUGAAUUGGAAUAAACGCGAAAAAUAUUUUAAAAAACGGAAAUUCACUUUAAAAGUGACGUUUUUUGCUUCCGUGGCCAUCGUCGAUGCUAAAGCUCCCUCAACGUCGACGGCAAAACGUCACCAUAAAAAUGAAUUCGCGUUUCUUCAAAUAUAACAGAUCGCUAAAAAUGUGGAAUGUACGCGAACUUUCCCGGAGUUCAAUUCUUAAUGACCGCACGCAAGUAAAGAAAGUGAAAGAUAAGUUCUUCGUCUGUUUGCAUCCUCCAUAACAAGUCGCGCAAGCAAAUUUCACGUCAGAGUCGUGAAAUAGCGGCAAAGAAAUGAACCAAAAAGUGUAACGCAACGUGCAGAGUUGUUGUUUUGCUCUGCUCUCAUGAAGCUCAUCGAAACUUUUUAUUGCAUUCGUUCUUCCUCGCACGAAGCUCUAUUAUUUUAUGGCUGCGUCCAUAGAUUUUGCUGUUUGUUUAUUGUUUUCCUAGCAAAUCUUGUGAACUGUUCCGAGAGCUUCCAGGUGGCCCCUUUCGCUCAUUAAACCUAUUCCUUUUUAUGUCGUUCUUGUUGCCGUCGCCGUUGUUGUUGUUGCACUUCUUAUUUAGAAGGGUGAAGGAGAACAGGCUAACGGAUAAAAGUCAUCGCCCACUGAUGCCAUCGUCUUAAUCAUAGUUAAUAGCAUUGAAUGGUUAUAGAGCAGGUCAGACUCCUUUGUUAUAUGUUUUCUUGUGGACUUGAAGGUGCACAACGUUCAACAGCAUUCCUAUCGUUUUUAUCUUAUGGACCAACAAAAACGCUGCAUUAAUUAUUCCGUCACAAUUUGUGAACAGAAAACAAAGAGGUACCUUCAACCUAAACUGCAACACUGUUUUUGUUGUUAUUUUUGAUGUUUGUAGCCUUUCAUAACCAGUCCCCUCUACCUACUAUGUGUGAACUAAGACAAUGGCUGCUCGCUUUGGCAGGGCUCGGACCAAAAAAGUCCCCUCUAGUAGACCGACGCUGACUGGGUGGCGGCGCCUCUAUUUAUUCUAAACGUUGUACUUCUUUUUUAUCGUCAGGUGUCUGUCAAUCCCAGCUGCAAUGCGUUGUAUCAUAAGAAAAGCGCAAAGUGUCAGGUGGGAAGAACUUCCUGUCAAGACGAGUGAAGAACUUCCGCUCCCCAUUGGUCUGAGUCAACCAACUACCAAGCUUGCCAGCCUGUCACUCCCUCCCAGUGCUGCUCUGUUCGCUGCUGCCGUGGGGACUCCGUCCAACCCCAACACCCCAGUCUUUCAUGGAACUUCUCCAUCGUUCACCGCGUUCACGUUAGAGACGCCUUCACCAACGUUUAGUGCGUUUCCGUUUUCAUCAAUUUCUCCGAAAUUUUCAUUUCCAACAGCUGAAGUAAGUGCAGCUGCUCCAGAAUCAAUAGCUACGGUUAACAAACAAGAGAAGAAGCCAGAAACUCCGAAACAAUCUACAAACAUCAUCCAUCUCCCCGAAGAAAUGCCGAAAAAUGAAGGGAAUUUCGGGGUUGUACAAGGGGCUGGCACAGUACCGAAAUCAAGCGACACUGUUACGUCAGAUACCAGCACCAGGGAAGGAGAACAAUUCUCCUUUGAUCUUGCCGCUAUGUCAGGAGCGAACUUCUCCAUGGGAUCUUCAUUCCAGGAUGUGACCGCUGGACUUGAUGGAUCAGCGGUGGUAUCCACAGGAGGCCCCGCUGCUGUGCCAACGUCUGAUUCUAUUGUAAUUGUAAUUGUAAAUAUCUUAUUAUCCACUCCCCAAGGGGCUUUUCAGGGAUAAUUUACAACACUGGUUGGGGGACUUUGCCAGACUGCUUAAGGUGCAGUUUACAAGUACUGAAGGAAUAAGUGAUGAUGCCCCCACACCGGGCACUACGUGCCCUACUCUUUACGAAGAGUGUGUGGGUUCUUUAACGUCCCACAGAUUUAUUGCAUGUGCAAGGGCUUGUGAGACGGGGCCUACGGUUUAUCGUCCUUAUCCGAGAAGACUAGAAAGUCUAACCAUUUACAGAUGUUAUUACAAAGGCAGCACUUUCUCCUCAGUUAUUUAAAGACCCUGAGUGUUGGUCCGGCCGAGGUUUGAACCUACGGCCUCCCGCUCAGCAGACCGACGCUCUCCCAACUGAGCUAACCGGGCGGCGGUUAUUGCAGCAGUGAGCGCCCUAGGGAUUGUACCCUCGGGAAUCGAGGGAUUGCCCUCUACAGCGGAUCUGUUCGAUAUUGGAGCUGCUGGUGCUGAAGGAACAGAACUGGAAGGGAUUCUUCAGAACCUAUCGGGAGUAUCACAUCUCCCCCCGGACAUUGUCCCUGGGUGUUCGGCUUUGGAUUUUGAUACGGGAUUAGGUAUGUGAUAAUUCCUACAUCUUGAGUUUUUUCCCUCCAUAGAUUUUCACAUAUCCCCCGGAUACUGUCUCACGGGUUUCGGAUUAGUUUUGUUAAUAUUCUUGUUUUCCUAAAAUCCCAGCUUCCGUCUGAAAUAUCUCACUACACGCAGAGAUUGGUUGAAAGCUCGAAGGAAAGCUGCAAAUGUUUUUACAGGGCGGUCAUUAUGAGCCGGGGCCGGGGGCUAUCCCCCGGAUACCAUGAACGUGAUCUCCGGCUUUUUUAUGGUAAAACAGAAGAAAAUAAACCCCUAGCUGUUUUUCACCCGCCUAUUUGUUAUUUUUACCUGGUGAGUUUAAAUCUUCGUGACUGGCCUGAUUUUUCAGCCAAGUGGUAGAGCAUUUGAAAGUUCUGUACUGGAGGUGAUCUUGCUUUGAUAGAAACCUCACUUCUUUUCAAAUAUAAAUUAUUCUCUUCUGCAUAUAAAUGGCCCUGAAGUUUCUAUCAAAACAAAAUCACCACCAACGUCGCUUAAUUUUCCCUAAAAGGCCAGGUUACUUAAAAUGCAACCGUGAAUUAGCCUAUUGUAUUAUUGAUCUUGGCUAGGGCCACGAGCAGCUGGACUUGAUGUGUCGGACCCAGGCUUCGAUAUUGAUGCGGCCAUUGACGCCAGUGGAGGCGCUGACCCUAGCAUAACGGAGACCGCAGGUACGGUGAAUAACAAUUUUGUAGCUCGCUAAAAUUUCAUUUAAAACCUUUUGAAAACGUUAUGCAUCAGUCAUUUGAAAUCCCCAGAUCCCCUACCCUCCCCCACCCUCCGGGAUGACCGGGGAUAAUCCGGUGCCUUUAACUUCAUAUUCACUCUACUUUGGUCCACCGGUAGGCGGAAAAUAUUCUACAGACUAGGAGUAAUCGGAGCGUAGAAGAGUGCGUUCGAUAUGUUUGUAAGGCGCACGGAUUGCAGUUGAGGAGGAAGGGUGGAUGGUUAUUGCGAUGGAUUAAGCCUGGUUUCCCUAUGAUCGCUACGAUCACUGUGAUUGCUGAGAUCGCUGACAAAAAAAAGUUCAGGGAUCAUAUGGAAACCACUCUCCAGCGAUCGCAGCGACAACGAUCGCUGAGAUAAAACUUUUUAUAUCUCAGCGAUUGUUGUCGCAGCGAUCGCUGGAGAGGAGUUUCCUAGAUCGCUGCUAUUGCUGAAGUUUUUUUUUUUCUCAGCGAUCGCAGCGAUCACAGCGAUCGUAGCCAUCAUAUGGCAUAUUUUAAACGUAAGGAUUGCUUACAGCGAAACCUCUAUUUAAACUGUGUAUCAUUAUGAAAAAGCCUUGAAGGCUAGUGAUAUCGUAUGGUCCGUCUCAAUAAGUGCAGUAAUUUGGUCAAGUGUGUUGAAUUCAGUGGCUUGAGUGGAGCUCAAGUGGGCUGUUUAUGAGUUUUUCCGAAUAAAUAACAUAGGCAUAAAUUGUUCGUUUGUCCGGAGCCGAAAAUAUCACAAGUCAUGAUGAAACGGCGCCGCCGAGCUUCACAUCUCGGUAGAUUUACUUUGUGGCACAACGGCCGUCGUGCUACACAACUCUGUAGAUUUACUUCGUGGCACAACGGCCGCCGAGCUACACAACUCGGUAGAUUUACUUUGUGGCACAACAGCCGCCGAAACUUUUGAAACUGAGAUGAACGUUUUGAAAGAUUCAGCAAAGACAGAUCGAGAGUAGACCUUAAGCAAACUCUUGAAAUAUGUACGCUUUACGAAGAUUCAGCAAACUUUUAAAAGCUGAACGCUCUACGAAGGCAGAAUAAAAGACCUCAAUUAACAAACGCUUCAAUGAACCCCGAGGAUGCACGAAUCACCACCUGAGUUGGUUCGUCAAAGUGAGGCAAAACGUAAGCAAGCGUCUCAAAGCGAGGCAAAUGUGUGUCGACGACGACGACAAAUGCAAUCUCGAAAAAACCUCCCUUAUUAAUUGCACAGGGAACCCAAUAAUGCACAGAUCACCCAAGACAAAUUAGAGGUUGCGUUCUCGUACCUCGAACGCAAUUAUGAUCUUCGCCUCCCGGAUCGGCAAAUAAGCGGAGCAGUUUCUCUAGAGGAGUCGAAUCGCUCGAUAUUUAAUAAUAAUAAUAAUAAUGAUAAUAAUAUUGGCCUCUAUCAGAGUUAUGAGAUGUGGACAGAGCAGCUCGGAAGGUCAUAGUUGAGAACGGUGGUAAGCACCCAGCUAGCCUAACUUCUUUGUUAUAUCUACUGAGGGAGAAAGGGGGUAGAGGCCUGCGUUCAGUCGAACACAAGUACAAGAUCACUAAAAUCAAAUCGCUAUUGAAAUUGUAUCAGAAUUCGGACCACUCAGACUGUGAAAGCAGUUAGAGAAUUUGAAGAACACGCCAUGGCAUCAGGCCACCAGUCGCUUGUAAAGGAACUAGCUAAUUACGCUGAAGAACUCAACGUCACACUUCAGCUAGAUAUCCUAAAUCCCGUGUGUGUUACAACGGAGGGGAAGGUGGUGAGUGAAGAAAGAGUUGGGAAUCUGUUGACGCAAUCUCAAGAGAAGCAGUUCUUGGAGAUCGCUUAAGACAAAAAGUGGCGAGGAAAUUUAUUCCGUAUCAGAUGGGAAGAUGAGAGCCUAAGCAUAACCAGCUGCUCUGCAUGGUUAAAAGGUUGGGCUACAUGCCCUACAUAUACCAUCGCGGGCAUUUAUAAACUGUAUGAGCAGUUGUUACCUACGAAGCUCUACACAAAGGAGAAGACGCAAACCUCCACCGACGGCGAAGUCCUAUGCAGUUUAUGUGGGAAGAUAGCUGAGAGCGUUGCACAUGUACUGGCUGGAUGUUCUUUCCUGGCACAAACCAAGUACCUAGACAGGCAUAAAAAUGUAGCUGUGAAAAUGCUGUGUUUUGAGGUCCUGCGAGAGCAUGGGUUAAUAGAAGAGGUUCCACCAUGGUACUCACCGGUGAUGCCAAAACCAGCCUACCAGAACACCACGAGUGAGGCGUUUUGGGAUAUUCCCAUCUAUGCAGAGCACAACGAAGUUAGAGCAAAUCGAAUCGACGCGCGACUUGUCAGCCACGAGAGGAAAGAAGUCUUCACAUUUAAAUGAGCUGUCCAUGGAUUGAGAGUAGAGCCAAGAAAGAUGAGGAAAAGACACUCAAGUAUGCCCCCAUGACGUGGGAGCUGAAGCAGAGAUACAAUGGUUACAAGGUUGAACAGUGCAACGUAAUAAUUGACGUACUGGGUGGUUACUCUAAACACCUAGAGAAGUCGGUGAGGAAGCUACUAGGAGCAAGAGCACGAAGCGUACUUGAGCGGAUGCAGAAGUCGGUCAUCUCAAACACUUUGAACAUUGCCAGAACAUGUAAGAUAAAUACUUGGUUAGGGCGUUAUUAAAGAACACCAGAUUUUAGGGUUUUUUUUUCUCUAGAAAUCCAGAAACACAAGUUUACUGAUGUUUUUACUUAGAUUUUAUAGAGUAUUAGAGUUUGAUAUUAUUCUAAAUAGGCUUUCAGUAGAGAUAAUCUCAUUAUGAUGGCCUCGUUUAGGUAUAUAAGAGAUAAUGAGAGUAAUUACUAUAAAAACUGAAUAAUUUUCUAAAUAGGCUUCUAGUAGAGAUAAUUAUAUCAUCGUGUCUUUGCUUAGGGUUUACAGAGUAUAAGAAUUUGAUAAUAUUCUAAACUGGCUUUUUAAGUAGAGAGAUUCAUAUCAUUAUGUAUAUUAGGAUUGUAUUAGGUUUCGUACCGACCUUUUUUUACUUCUAAGUAUAGCUUCUCAAGUGGUGUAGGUUACGUUAUGCGCCCUAUACUACUCAUAAUGUGGACAGCAUUCCCAAGUCUUAUACUGCGAGAUGAUGAUGAUGAUAAUAAUAAUAAUAAUAAUAAUAAUAAUUUUUUUGUUUUUUUGUUUUUUAUUUCAAAAAAAAUACUAAUACUAAUACUAAUACUAAUCAAUACUAAUACUAAUACUAAUUUUUAAUAAAUAAUAGCAAUAAUACAAAACUUUAUUCAAAGAUUUAAAAAAAAUAGACUAUUUACAGAUUCAAAAAUAUGAAAUAUUAAAAUAUAUACCCUAUGUACAUUCUUCUUGUGUACGAAAGAGAAUUGUCGAGCCUACAUUUAUAGCACUUCUGACUUGACUUCAUAAAUGAGUACAUGUACUCAUUUAUAAUAAUAAUAAUAAUCAUCAUAAUCAUAAUAAUGACUUUAUUACAGUCUUUCCACUGAAAGGUGGCUCUUUAUCUGUAAAAUUUACAUUGAUAUUAAAAAUAAUAAUAGUAAUAAUAAUAUUAAUAAAAAGCUAUAGCCAUAUUUGGAUAUUUGCCAUCCUUUCUCACCCUGGGCGAUAACAAAAUUCUGGUUAACUUUUUAGGGAUUACCGCGUAUGCAUGGGGGUGGGGAGCAGGGGAGUUCACCAUUCACCUUAGCCCUUGGGAGUCGGCAAUUCUCUUUCUUUCUCUUGUACAAAACGUGAGUGCCUUGGUCACUGGCCACGAAGGGGUUCAAGGGUUUCAAACGUCUGGUGCGUGACACUAUUUGUUUUUCCGUUGCAGAGGCCUUUGAUGUGGACUCCACAUUGGAUUUUGACCUUGAUCACAUUGCUUGUGGGGCAGGUCUGCCGCCUGACGUCACUUCCGGUACCGAUCUUUUGGCCGUAAGUGGACUGGGUGCAGGUGAUAGUUCGGUUGAUAUUGACAUGACUGGAUCGCAAUCAAAAAUAUAA